UGCACGCCUUCACUGAUGCAACAAUAAGAACUAGUGAUUACGUUCACCGUUAGCUAGUCAGUGAAAAGUAUAAUGGUUGUAGUUGUAGAAAUAGUUCCCGAGAAUAGACUCCUGCAGCUGAAAAGCGAGUGUGUUGACUGUGCCUACAGGAGGCUAGCGCUUAGCUGAACUCCACGAUGAUGCUUCAGGAUGGUUCAACACAGCUCCUCUGCCUCACAGCCAGCAGUGGGGUUCCUCUGUUUACUAGAGGAGCCUCCAAACAACUCCCAUUUUCCGUCAUUGGCUCGCUGAACGGCGUUCACAUGUUCGGUGGCGGCCAGGGAGUUACCCUGUCCAGCUGUGAGACUGAAGGAGGGGGCAUGGUGGUGUGGCGGGUAUUCCAGGACAGUGUAAUGCUCAUUGCUGUGAAUGGAGGUGGACGAGGGGGCAGCAAAGUGGAGGAGGUCCGUCUUCAACGCCUCCUGGAGAAUGUCUGGAACUGCUUGGUGCUGGUGUUGGGGCAGGAUGAGUUGGCCAAUGUCAGGAAUGUGGAGAGGCUGAAGAGGGAUUUGCGAUCCUGCUUUUGCCUCAUCGAUCAGCUGUUGGAGGAGAAGCAAGAGGGCAUCCUAGGUAAUCUAACACACUGUGCUGAUUCACUGCUGCCCCCAAACCCGGCUCUUCUUCAAGAGGCGGUGGACGGCUUCGCUCAGGCUGCAGACAGUGAGUUUGGCUGCCUAAUUGUUCAUGGGAGGAUAGCUGCGGCAACUGAGAAGUGGUGGCGCCUAGCACCGCAGGAGGUCGUGCUCCUGUCCGCUUUGAUGCGCUCCCUCUCGGCCUCUGGUUCAGCCUCUUGUGAUUACCCAGUUUUCCUUCCUCAGGGCAGCCCCACGGUGGCUCACCGUCUGCUUCGCUUCCAGCUGCUCCACGGGGUAGACGUGUGUGUCUUGUGCGGUCCAACCCCUUCUCUGCACAGAGCCGAGAGUGGACUUGUGGGUCCUGUCUGGACACCCCUGGCGGAGACCUUGAGAGAUUGCCUGGCUGUUGGAGAGCGCUGCUUACCAGGGUCUGUUUCCCUGCGCCCAGAUGUGCUGGCACUUCUUCUCAUGAACCGCGAAACACGUCGUUCAGUCUGCUGUGUUCGUACUCCCACUAAUCUACCGCCUGGGGACCCACAGUUACCCUCAAAAUCCCGCUGCUGGGAGCUUUUGAAAGUCUUCUACAUUUUCAGCACCACACGCUACUUCACCCAGGAGGAGACUUUAAUUGUCCCCCCAGAGGCGAAAGCUCAGAGGGACAACACUGAGGACUUUGUCCUUGGUUUCACUCAUCAACCACAACAGUGUUAUCUAGUAACAGAAGAGUGCAAAAGCUUUGGACUUCAGACCCCGCAACACCAGCUCUUCCUACUUGUCCCUCUAUCAGUGCCCACCUUUGCAAUACGUACGGUGGCCACACAGACACUCUCUGCUAUUGUUUCAGCCACUGGGUUUUAAUGAAAUUACUUUGUUAUAAGAAUUUAAUUUCCAGUGAAGUCAUUUUCUUGACCUAAUAAUUUAUAAUAACAAGGUCAAUAAACAUAAACCUGUACACUGAAUUAGCUGCUGAUAUUUACAUUUCCUCAUAUCCUUAUUGAGGACCGCAAACAAACCUCUCUAUUAAGAGAUGUAGAGGCAUUGAACAUCAGUAACUAGGGGAAUCUAACAGUGAUGAUGAGAGGAAAACAUCAGAAAAUGUCCUUCCAAAGUGAACUACAUGAGCUUUUGUUUGCAUUUAAUAGAUAAGUCUCCCUUGUGUUUAACUUCACUGGCUUCAAGGCUGUCCAUGUAGCAGUAAUGUAGGUUGGACUUACUGAACACUAACCUUAUCACUGGGACACUGUUUCACUGAGAAUCAUGUGAAAUUUUGUUACACUGUGAAAAUGAGUGCCUGCUGUUUGUUGAUAUGACAUGUUGAAUCAUUUGGUUUCAAAACUAUAUACUGUUCAUUUAUUUUUGGCCUAUUUCAAUUCUAAAUAUAGCUGGC